CGUGUCCACGGGCUUUCAAAGUAAGACAUGCACUAGCAGUUGUCCAUGCCUUUUUCUCUCCUUUCACUUUUUACAAGCAGUAAAACUAGACGGUCAAAAGUUAAUUUCAUUGUUGAAAAAAUUUGUGCUUUAGAGUCAGGAUUAUUAUUUGACUCCUUUUAGAGAAAUUAAAAAGUGAAAUUUAAACUCACACAAGCUUCUGAGAAAUCAUCAAAGGCUAGAGCUCCCAUUAUGGGUGGCAAAGAGGAAUAUUUUGAUGCUGUUGAGGAGCAAAAAGAAGCACUAGAUGACCUGAACGAAACAGAAGAAUUACGUAAACGUUGUUUGCAAGAAAUGAGAGACUGGGUCAAAUCUCAACCCCAUUUUAUCAAUUGCCGACUUGAUGCCAAUUUCUUACUACGAUUUCUUCGUAUGAGAAAAUACAGGGUUGAUUUAGCUCAACAAGUCUUAGAUAAAUACUUGACUAACAAAACGAAAUAUCCAAUGACCUAUCAGAAACUAGACAUUCAAAAAUCUAGUCUAAGAGAUCUUAUAUCCAGAGGGUAUGUAUUUCCUUUACCUGAGAGAGAUAAAGAAGGACGAGUUGUUUUGUUCUGUAUCGCUGGUGCAUUGGAUUCGUCUCGACACAAACAAUCUGAUGUUUUUAAGUCUUUUCUUCUUGCGUUUGAAGUACUCAUGGAAUGUGAAUUAAAUCAAAAACGAGGUAUCAGCUAUAUUUUUACUCAAGAAGGGUAUCACAUAAGUCAUGCUCUUCUAGUUGGUCUUCGAGAUUUGCAGAAAAUGGUUAACAGUGGAGAGAAAGCAAUUCCACUACGACACAAGCAACUACAUUGGAUGAAUGUGCCGAAAUACUUGGCGACUCUGUUUCAAUUUUUGAAAACAUUUUUAAGCCAUAAACUUCAAGAAAGAAUAUUACUUCAUACAAACGUAUCCUCCCUGCACGAAUACUUUCCUCCAAGCAUGUUGCCAAAAGAGUAUGGUGGUGUUAUACCUGUCAGUCAGAUGACUGCAAGAUGGAUUGAAAUAUUGGAUUCUAAAAGAGAUCGAAUCUUGGCAUUGGACGAAAUGAAAGUGGAUGAAAGAUUAAGACCAAAAGGAAAACACUCGAAUCAUAUCAUACCACGUUUGAUGAGCAACUUGAGUAAACUGGAAAUAUAUUGAAGAGAUAUUCCAUUGUGUCAUUUUAUUAAAUAAACCUAUUGUAUAUUAUGGAAUUAAAUUUAAAGAGCCAACAGUCAUCUAGAUCUGCAACCAUCCAGCCUUAUACUCUACUGGAAAGUGCUACGAAUGUGUCAGCAACAUCAAAGACUCUAUGCCAAGAGAAAUCAAGACUUCAAAGAAAAAGUUGGCCAUACGAAAAAGUGGCCAUACGAAUGGUCAUAAUAAAGUGGUAUCCAGUAAAUUAUGAUCAUAGAACAGUCUUCAGCGUUCUCUGAGCAGA